AGCGAUUUUCAUAUCAUAUCAUGAAUAUUUGUAUACUCUCGGCCCUUGUCAGAAGAUCGCGGUAUCAGAUCAGUUCUUGAGAACAUCACAAAACCACUGGCUUCUUUGAUAAGAAUCGAUGGAAAACGAGACGUCAAACUCUGCCGCUUUUGAAAAUUACGCCAUUGCAGAGAACGGCGAUGUGGGCAGCUAUGGAACGAAUCAUGAUGAUGGCGCAACGGAUGUUGACACGCAAUGCGGCUAUGGAGACUGUAAGCCCGCCUGCUUACAGAAGUGCCACAACACUAAGACAGCUUUGGUAGUUCUAUCUAUUUUCGCGAUUAUCCAAGGGUUUGUCGUAAAUGGGAUCAACAACUCAAACACGACCUCCAUGGAAAGGAGAUUUGGCUUCUCGAGUCUUGAGGUCAGUUUUAUAUCGGCUUCCUACGAUAUCUCCGCCGGGCUUUUCGUUAUACCCAUUGGAUACUAUGGCCGACUGGGUCACAAGCCGCGGUGGCUGGCCACCGCCUGUCUGAUUAUGGGGGUCGGAUCCUGCGUGAUGUUCCUACCACAUUUUAUAACCGGCCCGUACGAAUUCAGUCAGGAUGCUGGGAAUCUGUGUUCAGGGAACAGCACGCUAUGUUCUACAAGGACCGACAUACCCGGCGGGAUGUAUCUCCAUCUUGCCAUAUUAGUCACAGGGCAGUUCCUUCACGGUAUAGGUGGCACCACUCUUUACACACUUGGAAUAAUCUGGUUGGACGACAACGUGAAGCUGCAUCAGUUACCGCUGUAUGUCGGUAUAAUGGAAGGGUGUUCUGCUCUUGGGCCAGCCAUUGGAUUUGUACUGGGAGGACUGUUCCUUGAUUUCUAUGUCGACUUUGACAUUAUUGAUACGAACAAAUUGACCCUGGCAAAUACCGACCCGCGCUGGGUGGGUGCUUGGUGGAUAGGGUUCAUGCUGUCGGGAAUCCUAGCAAUUCUAUGCAGCCUUGUCGUCUACUGCUUUGGAUGGGAGAUGCCAGAAGCAGCAGAGAAUCGCAAAGGAAGAAUCUCCCAGGUGCACAAUGAUGGAAGCGAGAAACUCGCCAUGAAACCAGGGUUUGGCAUGACAUUGAAAGACCUCCCGAAGUGCACCUGGUUACUGCUGAAGAACCCCACCUUCAUGCUGUUGAACUUAGCAGGGAUAACGGCCAUGCUACUCGUCAUGGCGUAUGCUACGUUCAUGCCAAAGUUUGUACAGAACCAGUUUCAGCAGACGGCGUCUUGGUCGGCCCUUCUGACGGGUUUCGUGGCAAUUCCCGGCAUCGCGGGCGGACAGCUGAUGGGGGGCAUCAUUCCCGCCAAAAUGAAGCUGAAGGUCCGUGGCAUGAUAAUACUCUCCGUAGUCUCCUUCGCCAUCUGUCUCCUGCCAAUGCCCGUGUUUUUUGCUAGAUGUUCGCCUACCAGUUCAGCGGGGAUAAAUGCUUUCUAUGGCAACAGUACCAUCCCACUCCCAGAAGGGAAUGUAAACUUGACAGCCCCGUGCAAUUCUGGCUGCGACUGCUCAACCAAAACGCGGGAACCAAUCUGUGGAGCUGAUGGUGUAGAGUAUUUCUCAGGGUGCUAUGCUGGUUGCGGUGGGAUAAGCUACACUGGCACAGGGGACGCUCAAACUAAGAAUUUCACCAACUGUGCGUGCAUUGCACAAAACGUAGCAAGGAAGGUAGCUUCUACGAGAGCCGAGCAAGGUCGCUGUCCGACUAACUGUGAUUAUCUCAUUCCAUUUCUAUUGCUGAUGUUUAUCAUAUCAUUUGCCAUGAUAUUGCCGCUGACGCCGUUAGUUACUGUCACUUUAAGGGUGGUUCCAGAAAAUCUCCGUGGAUAUGCUCUUGCCGUGCAAUGGGUUUUCAUGAGAUUUUUUGGCAGUUUUCCCGGCCCAAUUAUCUUCGGGUUGGUGUUGGACAGCUCCUGUAUCGUCUGGCAAGACCGCUGCGGCGAGCGCGGAUCAUGCUGGUAUUACGACAGCUUCAGAAUGGGGUGGACCGUCUUCGCAUUCUCCAUAGCGACGGGGAUAGCAAGUUUGAUAUUCAUGGCCUUGGCAGUGUAUGCUUACAAACCUCCGCCUGGUGAGCAGGACGGCGUGAUGAUUGAGUCCUCGUCACAAUCCAAGAAAACAGGGAUGGAAAUCGGGGAUGACGCACAAACUUUUGACAAUGACAUGAAGGACACUGAUUUUGUGAAUAAUUCUGAAAAAGGUGAUGACAGUAGCGUGAAGGGAGAGGACAAUAUGGUAUUUUCGUCAACGAGUCUUUGAUGAUUAGAUGUUCUCCACAAAACGAUGUUGGUUAUCGUUCGCUUUCAAUCCGUCUACUCAAUCCACUGUAUACUCUAAAGCUGGUCGACACGAUCAACAUGGCACAUGUACGCCUCGGCCUACAAGUGAUGGCAACUUGUUUAUGACCACGUCAUUGAUUAUAAUGGCCUAUACGCCGUUUAUAAAAAUUUGUACUUGAGUUUGAAACUUUCUAAUCGUGUAAAUAUGUAUCAAAUAUAAAUUUCAGUAUUGCCGAUGUGAAGACAGAUAUGCAAAUACUACGAAUACAAAAUUUCAGCAAAUUCGUUCGAAUAAUAACUGCACUAU